UCCUGUGUGUGCGUGUUCCGGUGAUGCUCUGUGCUGUCUUGUGGCUCCAUUUAGAUUAAAUGUGUUAUUUGGUCUGAAAUUGCCUCUUUCCGCAAAGACAUAGUUAAAUCUCUCUCUGAUUCACCAUCAUGUGGGAUUAUAUAAUCUUUUGAUCAGAAUGUUGAGGAAUAGCAUUUGCGAAACAACCUUAUUUUAUUGGUUAUUUUUUAUAUUCGUCACGAACGGUGUGUUUGGUGUUGAUGGAGAUGAAGUGAAGUCAGUGUCAGUGAUGGAGGGAGAUUCUGUCACUCUACACACUAAUCUUACUCACAUCCAGAGACAAGAUCAGAUACUGUGGAUGUUUGGACCUCGAAUAGCUGAAAUAUAUAAAGAAACGAUUGACAUGUUUGAUAGCAGGAAGACAUUUGGAGACAGACUGAAGCUAAAUAAUCAGACUGGAUCUCUCAACAUCACAAACAUCAGAACGGAACAUACUGGACUUUAUAAACUACAAAUCCGUAGUUACAGAGGAGAUUCAGACAAGAUAUUCAACGUCACUGUCUAUGCUCGUCUGCCUGUUCCUGUCAUCACUCGUGUAAGCAACUCUUCAAACUGUUCUUCAUCAUCAGAAAGAUCUUCAGUCUCAAAAUGUGUGUUGUUGUGUUCAGUCAUGAAUGUGACACAUGUGAGUCUCUCCUGGUACAAAGGAAACAGUUUAUUGUCCAGCAUCAGUGUGUCUGAUCUCAACAUCAGACUCUCUCUACCUCUGGAGGUGGAAUAUCAGGAUACAAACACAUACAGAUGUGUCAUCAACAAUCCCAUCACAAACCACACACAACAUCUAGACAUCAAUGAUCUCUGUCAGCCAUGUUCAGCCCAUUCAUCAAAGGCAAUCUAUGCAACUAUUAUUUUCGUAUGUAUGAUUAUACUCGCCGCUGGGUUGCUCUUAUUGUACAGGAAGCGCAAACAAGCAUCUAAAAAAGGUUUUGAACCAUAUGACCAUGCUGGGGUCAAAAAAGAAGAGGAAGAGGUACAAUAUGCUGAGACAGUGUUUUGCAGACAAAAUGAACAAAAGACGGCAGCUAAUGGUACAGAUGAAACUAUAUAUUCCAGUGUCAUAUGAGACACCAAUCGUGCGAACAGCUCUCAUCCUUAUGUCAUUUUACUGAGUCCGUCUGCUUUAAGACUCCAAGCGGGAAAAAAAAAGAAAACAUCUUUGUAGCUAUGGUUUUGGGUUAUGUUUUUGGUUUAUGUAGUCUUGUCUCUUAUUUUGAUAGUCGUUGUUCUUGUCUUAUGGUCAUUGCAGUUCUUUCAUGUGUCUUGUUCUGAUUGUUUUUUGUCAUUAGGUGUUUCUUGUUUAGUCAUUUAGUCUUGUGCUUUAUACAUAACUGAUGAAAAAAGAAACUGGUCUGAUAUGACAAAUACCAGCUUUGUUCUGAAUAAAGACAUCGGUUGGUUUUUGCCUGGCAAAUAUACUGGUUUGCAUAUGCAGUCAGUACAAAAACAAGUUCUAACUCAAACCAAACCACUGAUAUACUACAUGUGCUCAAAGUUGAAUGAUAACAGGUGACAAGCACCUUCAUUGCUGUCUAAUUUUUUUCCUUUAUUAAUUAUUUAUAUUAUUGAGCUGUCUGCGCAUGCCUUGUUUAUUGUGUAAACUAUUCAAACAAAUAAACCUCUUGU